AUGCUGUAAGGGAAAUAAAUUGGAGACUUUAAACUCCUUGACGAACUAGGCAAGGGAUCCUUUGGUUGCGUUUAUAAAUGUUAGAAUAUUUUUGAUUAAUCCUAUCAUGCUAUAAAAAUUAUUCAAUUUGCGUCUCUCAACAAUAGUGAAGGAAUAGUGGGAGAAUUACUAAAAGAUGAGAUCAGUGUCCUAGCUAAAAUAGACUCUCCCAAUGUUUUGAAAUUGGAACAUUAUUUUUAAUCGAAAUCUAAUUGCUAUAUUUUAAUGGAGUAUUGUAAUGCAGGAGACUUGGAGAAAUAUUGGGAAAAAAAAGGUAAAAGAUUGCAAGAACAGAAAGUCAUAGAUAUUAUAAUAUAAGUUUUAAGUGGAUUAAGUGAAUUGCAUAAAUUCAAUAUAAUUCAUAGAGAUAUCAAAUUGGCAAAUAUUUUGAUGCACAACGAUUAGGUCAAAAUUGCAGAUCUUGGAUUUUGUAAAUAAUUGCAAAACAAAGAUAUGGAGGUCACAUUAUGUUUGGGAACGAUUGGGACCAUGGCACCAGAAGUGGCUAGAUAUGAUAGCUAUGGCUUACAAUCAGAUAUAUUCUCUAUUGGAUGCAUAUUCUAUUAGCUCCUCUUUGGAGAAUUGCCUUUUGACUGCUCAGAUGUUAAAGUCUAUUUGUCAGCCAUUCGCUAAUAGAAAAUCGAAUUUUACAAGUAUGGAGUGGUAAUUCAAAAUGAAAUCAAAGAAGUCAUUAGUAAAAUGUUAAAAGAAGAUCCAAAAGAAAGAUUAACCUUUCCUUAAUUAUUUUAGUAUUCCAUGUUCACUAAGAUUUAAAACAUGUCGAAGGUCAGCUAAAUCGCUUAGAAAAAUGUUAGCAAAAUAGAGACUUCUCGUUACUAUCAGGAUGAUGGGAUGAGUGUUCUGAAGUAAAAUGAAGACGUCUUUAAAACUUAAUAAAACUAAUAAUCUCAAUAUGUGGAGAGCCUCUAGAAAGUUAAUAUUAUUAACAAUACUUAUUAAAAUUAAGAAAAUGUAUCGAAGUUAGCUUAUGAAUUAAGGGCUACUUAAUCUUUGUCACAAAAUUAAUAACCAAUUUAAAAUACUCUAGAAUAACUCAAAGAAAAGGAGACUGUUUUCAAAACAGACAGAACUUACAAUAGUAUACAAAUAAAAAGUUAAAUUAAUAACACUAAUAGUCUAGUGAAUACAAAAAUUUAACAAAAAUAUCUUUAUUUAUAGGAUGCUUUGUAGUUUUGCAAUAGGACAUAUAGUGAAAUAAAUCAAAUAUAGUUUGAAAAUGAAAGCAAAUCCUUGAUUGGAAAAUUUAUGCUCCUCAAAAGAAUUAGAUCUGAAAGCAAAAGUUAUCUCUAAGAUCUAGCCAAUUAUCCAGAAUUAUAAGGAUUGAAAGGAGCCUUCUUAGCCUAUAUUUAAGACUCCGAAUUUUAUAAUGUGCUUAAUUAGAUAAGGGGAAAUUAGAACCUUUUCGCUAAUUUGAGAUAAGAGUAUAAUAAUGAACUCUAGGAGUAGGCAACUGGAGUAUUUUAAUAUAGUUAUUGUCAAGCAUUAAUGGAAUUACAUACAUAAAUUAAAUAAGAAAUCAAUAAAUAAGCUGAAAAUAAAAAAAAGAAGGAUCUAGUAAUUGUGUUGCUCCAUAUUUAAAAAUGUAUGCAUUUUCAAGAUUUGUGUUAAGAAAAAAUAGAAAUUGAAGAAGAAUUCUUCAAUAUAAAAAAGAAAAAUUUAAUUGAUAUCAUAAAGUAGGUAUAAUUUUGAUGCAAAAUUCAUAAAUUAUUCAUAUUUUAUAUAAUUGUUAUUUCCUUA